UGAGAAUCAAUAUAGAAAAGCGAAGCCGACGGAAUCAGGAAAGGACCCAUCGUGAGAUACCGCAGUGCCUAAACAAAACAUAGGUGACUUGUUCUCGGACUAAGAUUGAUAACUCUCAAGAUUGAAAGUUCUUAAAAGAAAAUGGCCAACUUAAGGCGGUUGUUGAUGUUAGCAGUAUCAGUGGCUUUGUUCUCUUGUGUAUCGUCCGCAUUUCUUAAGAGUUUAAAACACAAAAGCCUUUUGAACAGAAAACAUAAUUCAGCAGUGUCCAAAAGGCACGAAUCUGAUGAUUCAGGGCCUAAGCUGUUUUUUAAGGGCCGUCCAUUGAGACCCACCACGCGGGUGACAAGGCGUCAUGGUACUGUUCUGGAAUGCGAAGCUGGAGGUAGUCCCGGUCCCACCAUCCACUGGCUCAAGGAUGGGGAAAGGAUAGAUCAGGGGAUGUUCCAAAAUUACCGAGACGAAGAAGCCUCAUUUGAAGAUACGAUAGGGAAGGAUGGUCUCCCUUUGUUACGCCUGUCCACAACAAGGUCAAAGUUAUACAUUGAAUGUAUUAGCCCUGAAACUGAGGGAAAAUACACAUGCGUUGCUGAAACACCAUACGACAGAAUAAGCCAGUCCACAACAAUUAAAGUCAUUUCUCGAGAUAUUGGAUCAUUUAAUGAAUGCGUGUUAAAGAAAUCUAUAAAGGGUGAAAAAGCCCGGGUAUACCUGUGGACUGCCACACGUGUAGAGUUCCAGGACAACAGCGUCCAGUUAUUCUGCAGAGCAUCAGGAUCUCCAACACCAAGACUUACGUGGUAUGAUGCCGAAGGAGAGCCCAUCGAGCCUGGACACAAAUACGAGAUUGCUGAAAAUGGAGAUCUUAUCAUAAAGAACAUCAACUGGUUCGAUAUGGGCGUGUACACAUGCAUGGCAUCAAACAAACAUGGCGAGGAUGCGAUAGAUACUUUCUUAUAUCCCACGUUCCGGGACGAUGAGGAAGAGAUGCUACCACCAGUGUAGGCUACCUUUGAGGUGUCCCAGGUCUCUACCCAGCAACUUCAAGGUGUGCGAUCGCUCACAGAGGAAGGAGGUGCUCUGCGCAUGCGCAGCAAGGAAGGAGGAGUUUUUAGUUUCCGGUUCUUUAUGAGGUCCAUUUUGUUGACAACGCUCGCGGCGCCAAGUCGCAGUGCGGUACUGUAUUCCAUCACCGGUCUCAAUGCAAUCUUCAGAUCCAUGCUAUCUGUAGUGACGCCAUGUCCCAUUCAUUGUUACCUGCCUAACAACCAGAAAUGACUUUGUGUGGAGGUUUCAUGCUAAUUUAUUUAUUUAUUUGAUACUUGUGUUCACUGUUUUGGUUAACUGUCUCCUAUGUUGAAUAUUUUCACAACAAAAAAGUCUAUUUAUUUUUUGAUGGAUGAGGACGAGGAGAAAGAGAAUAAAUUUUAUGCAAAUUAUGUAUAUACCUACUCUCUGUUGUUUUGUUUUGCCAAGUAGUUGGGGAGCAACCAUUUUAUUUUCAGAGAUGCGAAUGGGGAGAAGGGAAUGCAGGACCUUUGCUAAAAGAAUUAUUGUGAACACAAUAAUAUGCCAGCAAUUAUUAAAAAAAUGCCCUUUUCGUACAAAUGAAAUGUCCCAAGACGAGAGUUCGUUAUUUGUAUGCAUUUAUCCAAAAUCAUACUUACGCUCCUGUUUGUGUUGGAAAAACAUCUUGUUCAUCCUCUUAAAGUAACAUUCUACACCCUCCUCUUGAAAAUUAAAUGGUUGCUCUCGUGAAACUAAUUAUGGUUCAGAUUACGGAUUAAGUUUCCUUGAGCCACUGUUGAAUAUAUAUUGUUGUAAGUUGUCUAUGUUGAGGAGAGUUCCAUGAUUAAAGUGAACAGAGGCAUGGAAUGUUGCAACAAGUUACAGGUUACAGAACUGUUUAAAGUGUUACAGAUAUCUGACAGAUUCUAAGACAAAUAAAUGAACUUAUCUUUGUA